AUGAUAAUUGAAAUUCGAUUAGUAUUUAAAUUAAAAUUAAAAUAUUGUCAACAAUUUUGGUCAUUAAUUCAAUUAGGUAUCAUUGGUUGUUCAUUGGGAAGUAUUGGAGUUUAUUUUUGGCGUUUUCAAGAAGCUAAUCAUAUAAGUCAUUUAUUUGAACAAACAAAUGGUUAUAUUUAUAUCAAUUUACAACUUGCAGUUUAUGUUAAUGAUAUUUUAACAUUUCUUCUUGGUUAUUGUUGUUUUUUUAGUAUGAUUAAAUUUGUUCAAUUAUUUCGUUUUAAUCAACGAAUAUCUUUAUUUGCUGAAACAUUAAAAUAUUGUGCAAAGGCACUGAUUUCAUUUUCAAUGAUGUUUGCAAUUGUAUUUAUGGCAUUUCUUAGUUUAUUUUAUUUAUUAUUUAUAUCAAAACUUUCGUCCUGUUCAAGUUUAAUAUCAACUGCUCAAAUGCUUUUUGAAAUGACAUUAAUGAAAUUUGACGCAUCACAAAUAAUGAGAGCUGAUGCUUUUCUUGGUCCAUUUUGUUUUGCUUUAUUUAUGUUUCUAGUUGUUUUUGUUUGUUUAAGUAUGUUUCUUUCAAUAAUUAAUGAUAGUUUUCGUCAUGCGAAAGACGACAAUCAAAAAGAAGAUCAACUUAUAUUAUCAUUUAUGCUAAAGAAAUUUUUAAGAUGGACAGGUCUGAAAAAAUUAAAUCAAUUAGAAAUUCAAGAAGAACGAGAUUGUCGAAUGCGUUCACAAUAUUUUGAUCCAAUUGAAAAUCUUCCUGAUAGAAUGGAUCAAUUACUAGUAGCACUCAAUAGAAUUUAUAUUGAUCAAAAAAAAGAAUUAGCAAGGCUGAACAAAGCUGGACUCUAA